AUGCCCAAUAUUAACUGUCUCACCGAAAGUUGGUUGGAGUUAGAAAGUGAUCCAGGAUUGUUUACAUUGCUCCUAGAAGAUUUUGGAGUUAAAGGUGUUGAAGUAGAAGAAAUAUACGACCUACAAAAAUCUGUGGAUAGUCCAGUUUAUGGAUUUAUAUUCCUUUUUCGCUGGAUUGAGGAAAGAAGAUCAAAGAGGAGAGGCGUUAAAAAUGACACUUACGUCAAGGACGAAGACCUAGUAAAUACAAUAUUCUUUGCAAAACAAAUGAUACCUAAUAGCUGUGCCACACAUGCACUCGUGUCGAUACUGAUGAACUGCGAUAAUAUCCAUCUAGGCAGUACUUUAAGUCGACUUAAAUCUCAUACUCAUGGCAUGAGUCCAGAAAAUAAAGGAUGGGCCAUUGGUAAUACACCCGAGCUUGCUAGAGCUCACAACUCACACGCCAUACCUGAAGCCAACAGGCUCAAACAGUGCACCGGAACAAGUACAGGGAGGUUCACUGCGGAGGCCUAUCAUUUUAUCAGCUACGUACCUAUCAAUGGAAGACUGUUUGAGUUGGAUGGUCUCAAGCCAUAUCCAAUGGAUCACGGUUCGUGGAAUGAGGGUGAAAAUUGGACGGAUAAGUUUCAAAGAGUGAUUGCUGAUCGUAUAGGUAUUGCUGGGGGUGAUAUAUGUUUCAACUUGAUGGCUAUGGUUCCAGACCAGCGAAUCGCUAUCUCUUCUAAGCUGAAUAUGUUAAAUGCUAAUAGACUAAUCCUCUUGGAAGCUCUUCAGCAAUUGGUAAAGCUCAAUCAUCCCGACCUGGCUGUACAAUUAGAAAAGGAAUCAAAAGGAAAAUCAGAUGAGACAAAAGUUUCUCUUGGAAGCAAAAGGAAGAAAUCGAAAAUUGAUAGUCUUGCAUCAAUAGAAGAUGUUCUUGCUCCGGGUACACCCAAUAAAAUUGCAAGAAAGCAGCAUUUAACUGAGCAUAAAGAAGAGAAAGCAGAAAAAUCUGAGGAUACCGAUGAAAACUUGAAAGCUUCUCCUGCUAAUUGGUGUGAAUGUCUAGAAAGGCACAAUCUCUCCAAAAUAUCACUCAUUGUAACUAUGGAAGAAAAGGAACAAAUAAAAUUCCAGAUACCAGAAACCUCUAAAACAGGAGAAAAGAUACCAGAUUCCACACCUCUGGCAAUCCAUACAUCACCUGUCCCAAGCACUUCAAGCACAGACCCUUCUUCAGUAGUGGGUUCGGCAUUCAACUCUACCACCCAAUCUUGGAGCUGGAAGCCUGGACAGAGCAGUCCCAACAAUGCAAUGGAUUUCAAAAAGAUUGUCGUCAUCAGAGUUGCUACGGCUGCUAGUAAAGAAAACGUGGAUUCUCCAACUAGAUCCAAUCAAGAUUCACUCGGAAUUUGCAAAGUCUGUCUGAAAGUAGGAAUAUUACCUAAAAACUGGGAGAAAACAUUGAGUGAGAAAGUAUCUGGUAUGGAAAUUAGCUCUUUAGCUUUGAGUCACAAACUGCAAUCAGAUGAAAGUUGUAACAAAAUUGAAACUGCUCAUCACACAUUUGCACCAAAAGAUUUGCUAGCUUUACUAGAAAAUUUUGAAGAGGAAAUAAGGAUUUGUGAGGGUCAUUUAAAAGAUGAAAACGAGAAAAGGGAGAGAUAUAAAGUAGAUGACUCCAGGCGAACACACAACUAUGAUGUGUUUAUAUGUACUUUUCUAUCGAUGUUGGCUGAACAAGGAAAGUUGGCUGAUUUGAUUGAACAAAAUUUGAAUCUUCAGAAAAAGCCAGGGAUCACACAACCUCGUCCAUCAGUUGUCAAACAGACAGCAAAGAAACCCGAAGCAACACAAAAGAAACCUGAAGCGACACAAAAGAAAACCAAAGCAUCGUCAAAGAAUCCUGAAGCGACACAAAAGAAAACCAAAGCAACACCAAAGAUUCCUGAAGCGUCACAAAAGAAAACCAAAGCAACACCAAUGAAUCCUGAAGCGACACAAAAGAAAACCAAAGCAACACCAAAGAAUCCUGAAGCGACACAAAAGCAAACCAAAGCAACACCAAAGAAUCCUGAAGCGACACAAAAGAAAACCAAAGCAACACAAAAGAAUCCUGAAGCGACACAAAAGAAUCCUGAAGCGACACAAAAUAAAACCAAAGCAACACAAAAGAAUCCUGAAGCGACACAAAAGAAAACCAAAGCAACACCAAAGAAUCCUGAAGCGACACAAAAGAAAACCAAAGCAACACAAAAAAAUCCUGAAGCGACACAAAAGAAUCCUGAAGCGACACAAAAGAAAACCAAAGCAACACAAAAGAAUCCUGAAGCGACACAAAAGAAUCCUGAAGCGACACAAAAUAAAACCAAAGCAACACAAAAGAAUCCUGAAGUGACACAAAAGAAUCCUGAAGCGACACAAAAGAAAACCAAAGCAACACAAAAAAAUCCUGAAGCGACACAAAAGAAUCCUGAAGCGACACAAAAGAAAACCAAAGCAACACAAAAGAAUCCUGAAGCGACACAAAAGAAAACCAAAGCAACACAAAAGAAUCCUGAAGCGACACAAAAGAAAACCAAAGCAACACAAAAGAAUCCUGAAGCGACACAAAAGAAUCCUGAAGCAACACAAAAUAAAACCAAAGCAACACAAAAGAAUCCUGAAGCGACACAAAAUAAAACCAAAGCAACACAAAAGAAAAUCAAAGUGACACAAAAGACAAAUGAAGUGACAGCAAAGAAACGCAAACUGAUGCCAAAGAAACACAACUUGGAGUAA